CUACUAAAAUAAAAGAAUCCUAAUAAAGGAAUUUCUGUUGUUGUAGAAUGAGUCAAGAAUCUGCCCACGGACAAGGCAACAACAAUGAACACGUCAGUGUUCAUACUUGAAGCAUCUAGCUUUACCCCUCCCGUCCAAAAUGAACCCGUCAAUCAACAAAAUGUUGGGAAUAACCUGAACGCUGGUGGUCAAGUUGACCUUUUGAUUCCAACUUUUCUAGCUAAUGUGUUACAACAGAUAGCCAACGCACCAAUGUUUCAACCACCUCCACCACCUCCACCCCGUGUGGUAACCUGCAAGACGCUAAGGGAUAACGGUGCCGAGAUAUUCCUUGGAGAUCGUAUCGCGGAACCCCAGAUCGCGUGGGACUGGAUCGACCAAACCGCUCGAGUGUUGGAGGAUUUGAAUGUGCCAAUUGGUAACUAUCCUAGGCUCGCUUCUCAACUACUCCGCAAGAAAACCUAUGAAUGGUGGAAGAGAACUGACGAAAGUGCAGAGACCCCAAAACCCUGGACUUGGGCCCAUUUCGAGUGGGCAUUCAAACAAGAAUAUAUUCCCAAACGUUUUUGCGAGGAAAGACGUAAGGAAGUUGUGGAACUGCAACAAGGGGAUAUAACACUACCUGAGUACCGUCAGAAGUUCACCCGUCUUGCCAAGUUUGCGCCAACGUUGGUGAGCACCCCAACGGAUCGUAUCGAAGAGUUCAAGAACAAACUUCGACCUGACCUCAGGUCGAGAGUAUCCAUCUUGACCACGGUGGAUUUCGCGGCGGCUUACGAUCUAAUAGCCAAGGCAAAUAAUGACUUGAGUGCCUGCAAUGAGUAUCUGAAAAUGAACAAUCCAAGCCCCAGUACUCAUCAACCCACCAGUUCUGCGAACACUGUGGAAGAAAUCACCCAGGAGAAUGCUGGCUUAAACAAGGGUUGUGCCUUGGAUGUGGAAAACCAGGACAUUUCCGAAAGGAGUGCCCUACAAACCCCGGAGAACAAUUUCCACCUGCCCCUGUUGUUAGUCAAGGAGCAUCGGCACGACCCGCACCAAGCCAACGCUCAACAGUGGGGUCUAAUCCAGCCAAGAACCAGAGCCAACAACAAGGACGAGCUCCUGCUCUUGCAUAUGCGAUGAAGUCACGAGCUGAGGAAAACCCUGACGUCAUUCAGGGUAUGUUUUCCUUAUUUGAUAAUGUUAUGCACGUGUUGAUAGAUCCCGGAUCAACGUUAUCUUAUAUUUGUGUGCCUAAGCCUGUAAAAGCUGAUAUAAUGAAAGAAAGUUUAGAACAACCU